AUGUCGACAACAAGGUCCAGCGCUGUUCCUCCUGAUCCCCCUAAGCGCAAGAGUCCGACUGAGCGUCAAGCUACUGACUCUUCUGCAGUAGCCAAAGCAACAUCUCUGACUUGGUCACUUCUGAUCAAAGAUGAAAUAGCUGAGAUAAAAAAAGGCCAAGAUUUUAUUUCGAAACAAUUUGACGAACUGAAUGCCAAUUACAGAGAACUAAACAAAAUCACAUCUAAGAGCAAUCAAAAAUUUCGAGAACUUGAACAAAUAGUCGACGAGUUAGAAGAUGAACUGGAUAUACUGACAGAGCGACAACAAGAUCAGGAACGCAGAUCCAGGCUUGUUAACCUAGAAUUUCACAGCAUCCCGUACUCAUCAGGUGAAGACUGUGAAGAUAUAAUAACAAAGGAUCAUUGUGGCAACACGUACCGAUCCGAAGCAGGAAGUGAACAAGAGAAAAGGGCUUGCAGUUCAUUCAAGACGAACAUAACUGGCUCUCACAUUCAAAAAGUUCAAGCUGAGCAAAUUCAAAAAGUUCAUGCAGAGAAGGUCGUACAGAAUUUAACAAACAUUGAUGAGACAAGCAUUACUGACUCCCAGAUUCAAAAAGUUCGAGCUGAGCAGAUUCAUGAAAUUCAUGCUGAGAAGGUCGUGCAGAGUUUUACGAACAUUGAUGAGACAAACAUAACUGACUCUCAGAUCCAAGAAAUUCUAGCUGAGCAGAUUCAUGAAGUUCAUGCUGAAAAUGUCGUGCAGAAUGUAACGAAUAUUGAUGAGAUAAACAUAACUGACUCUUACAUUCAAGAAGUUCGAGCAGAGCAGAUUCAUGACGUUCAUGCUGAGAUGGUUGUGAAGAAUGUAACAAACAUUGAUGAGACAAACAUAACUGACUCUCAGAUCCAAGAAGUUCGAGCUGAGCAGAUUCAUGAGGUUCAUGCUGAUAAGGUCGUGCAGAAUGUAACAAACAUUGAUGAGACAAGCAUAACCGACUCUCACAUUCAAGAAGUUCGAGCUUAUCAGAUUCAUGAAGUUCAUGCAGAGGAGGUCGUGCAGAAUGUAACGAAUAUUGAUGAGAGAAACAUAAUCGACUUUCACAUUCAAGAAGUUCGAACUGAGCAGAUUCAUGAAGUUCAUGCCGAGAAUGUCGUGCAGAAUGUAACGAAUAUUGAUGAGACCAACAUAACUGAUUCCAAAAUUCAAGAAAUUCGAGCUGAGCAGAUCCAUGAAGUUCAUGCCGAGAAGGUCGUUCAGUAUGUAACAAAUAUUGAUGAAACAAACAUAACUGAAUCCCAGAUUCAAGAAGUUAGAGCUGAGCAGAUUCACGAAGUUCAUGCCGAGAAAGUCGUGCAGAAUGUAACAAAUGAAGCAGUCAUCACCAAUCCUAAGGAAGUUCAUGCAGAGCAUAUUCAUGCUAAGGUUGUUAAUGUCAACAAUGUCAAAAUUAUUCAAGUCCAGCACCAACCAUCUUCAAGUCUCUCAUCACCUACACAACAAAGGCCGAAUGAAGAAGGUGAUCAACCAAAUAAAGCUCAUGAUCCUGUAUAUAAAGGAGAUCCAUUGCCCCCUCCUUCAGGGUUUCUCGGGAAAGUCUCUCGCAAAAUUCAUAAAGGUCAGCAUGUGAAAAAGUUUAUUGAUUAUUUCAACAUGAGGACAUGGAAAGAAACUGAAGUCAAAGUUACAGAAAGCUACAAAGAGCAAGAUCUCAAUGAGCCUGAUUUCGAGGUCCAUCCUAAAUUAAAGAAAGUUCCAAACUUCUAUAGAGGCCAAAUGGCAGCAGAGUACAAGAAAGAAAAGGGAUUUGCUGUAACAGAGGGAUCUGAAGAAAUUGGUCAGUUGAUCACUAUGAACAAACUCAGCGAACAGCUUAGUGAUGAAAGCUGUAAUUACAUUGCAAUUACUGGUCAGGCUGGAAGUGGCAAAACGACAAUUAUGAAACGCGUGUCUCGAAGUGUUGUUGUUGCAAAUAAAUUGGUGAAGAAAGCUAGGAAAGCAAAAGGAACUUUCAGUCAAUUGUUCCGCAAGAAAAAACGUCAAUUUAGAUUUGUUCAUCACUUUGGUUUCAAAGAUAUGCCGGUUUCCAAUGCUACAAGACCAGAAGAAGCACUGAGCCCUUGCGAUUUGCUUUUUGGAAAGAUUGCACCUGGGUUCAAAAAUCUAGAGGUAGAAGAUGGAUAUGAAUGGGUUAUCGAGCAUGAUUACGAGUGUAUUUUCUUCUUUGAUGGUUUAGAUCAAGCUAUGUGGGAUCUUCAUGGAAACCAUAACAAGAUGAAUUACUUUGACAAGUCAAGUACCGCUACAAUUAUGUACAAUAUUUUAACAAGAAAUCUUUUCCCCAGAGCCAAAAUUGUUAUUUCAUCACGUGAACACAAAAUUGCAUCCUUGCCUUUGGAAUUACGGCCGCCAUUCAUAACCGCUCUCGCUGGUCUAGAUCCUGAGGACAUCAAAAAGUUAUUCAUUUCAGUUUUAGGUGAGACAGGUGAAGAAUCCUAGAAUAAGUUAACAGUUCAAUCACCAUCACUCAUCCAGUUCUCAAGCGUACCAUUAUUCUUGCUUCUUAAUGCGAUAGUGCACAAGUUCAACCCUGCAAAUCAACCCGAUACCAUGACAGAUGUAAUGAUACAAAUACUCCAUAUUUUUAUGCGAUCCGAUCAUGCUCAGGAAAGAGGAAACAUGAAGCAAAAUAUUCAAAAAUUGAUGAAAAUGUCAUUCGAAGGCACAAAAGAAAAGCGAGUAAUUUUUACUAUCGAUGAUCUCAAAAAGGUAGGCCUUCGUUCAGACGAGGUCCGCGACCUUAUCAUAAAAGUGCCUGGAAAUAACAUGCUAAGUCAACAUCUCAUGGAAGGCGACAAUUUGAUGUUCUUCAGUCACCAAAUCCUUCAAGAAAUUCUAGCCAGUCUAUACAUCGCCAACAUGGAUCUUGCCACUUUCCAAUCAUUUAUCACUGAAGAGAUUCACGAUGAUCACUGGUCUGUUGUUCUGCGUCUUCUGUGUGGGAUUAUUUUCAAUCCAGAUAUCAAAACUGAAUUUCUGAAAAAUCUUACAACUGUGAUCGACAGAGAAGAGAAGAAAGCAAUACUUAGAAAAAGCCUCAAGAAUAAAAUGAGUCAAUGUACGAGAUCCUAUCAAAAGUUGGAGUUGUUCGGUGCCUUGUAUGAGGCCAAUGAUGCCGAACUCAUUCAAUCCCAUGUGCGAAAAAUCAACUUCGAAAAUGAGUCUUUCAAUGUUGCAGGACUGUACGCGAUGUCAUCGGUUAUGCGACGUUGUGCUCACCUUGAGCAGUUUCGUCUUGUUAAAUGUGACCUCAAUGCUGAGUUGAUGAAAUGCUUGGAUUUGAAUUUGA